AUGUGGAGGAAGCAUCUUUUCUGGAUGAUAGCAUUUUACUUCUCAUUUUAUAUACUCUACAUGGAAGCACAUGCUGAAUCCCGCCAUGAGGAGACCAACCAGACCUACAGCCACAAAGGACUUCUGCAAACUCUUCAGACUUUCUUGCCUGGAAAUGAAACAGACCUCCGCAGGAACAGCACGAAAGAGAUUUUAACAUUGUUGCUGGAGAAGGUCGAAUGUCCGAACAAACAGCAAACUUGCAAUCGGUGUCUUCAAGCUGACACUCUUCUAUCAAUGGCUGGUAAAGGAUUUGGGAGUAAACUGGAUGAUGAUACAAUGCAGAAGAUAUCAGUCAUUCUUCUCUUCUAUAUAUUAAAUAAAAAGGACUUCUGCUCCUCACCAUCUGAUGUGUUGAACAUGGACUACCUAUUCUAUCGCAACAGUAUACUCAACUUAAGGAAAGAUGAAGACUGCCACUAUUUGUCCACCAAUGAAUUAGAAGAUAUUCUACAGGAAACAAGGCGUUAUUUCCAAAUAUCCCAUGGACAAGGGUGUUCGGAUGUAAAUUCUUUGGAGAAGGACUUUGGGGUGCUGGACAGUAUUGAUGAACUGAGCCUCCCCAGACUUGCUGAAGUGGUCCUCACAGCCUCCAUACAGCACAUCUGCGUCAGAAGAGACACAUUACCCGGCGUGGACUUCUUUACAGACUCCAUUUUCAAAUCCUUAAAUAGAACAAAUGAGCUGUAUGCUGCAGAAAUAGAUGAACUUAUAGGAAGACUGAAAGCAGCAAUCACCUGUAUCAAGACCGACCAUAACCACAGGAGGAAGUUGCGGAGUCUUGUAAUCCCAGGAACAAGCCAUGAACCGGUACCUGUCCCCGCAAUGAAGACGAAUGAAGAGCCAAAAGGAAUGCAUAAUGAUGUUCCUGAGAACCAGGGUCAUUCAGCGGGAUGGAGCGUGAGUCACCAUUGCUUUUCUUCAUACGAACUUGUGAAAAUUGUUCUACAAAAUAGCCGAUCUCCAGUCUCCCUGGAACAAUUUAAACAGAUCAGUCCGGCAAUAAUUCAUCAGCUUCUCUCCUGCACAUGUCCAGUAGAAGACUUCAUGAGUACACAGCUCCCACCUCCCACAACUCUCGAAAGGUAUGGAUACAGCACGAUUGCGGUUUUACUUCUGACAAUUGGAUCCAUGUUUGGAGCUACUCUCAUUAUAUUCAGUUCUUGUGAAGAGAGCUAUAAACUUAUCUUACAGCUGUUCGUGGGACUGGCUGUGGGGACCCUCUUGGGAGAUGCCUUGCUGCAUCUGAUUCCUCAGGUUUUGGGUAUUCAUGAGAAUAUUUCCCAUGACCAUCAUGGAAAAGAUGGAGAACUUUAUUUACAGGAGAAGCAAUUUUUGUGGAAGAUAAUGGCGAUGAUUGGAGGCAUUCAUGGAUUCUUCCUCAUUAAUAAACUUUCCUUUCUCAUUAUUUCGUCUACAAGACAGGGUCUAUCACUAGUGAAUGGUCAUCUGACACAUUCCCAUGACCUCCCACUGGAUUCCCACUUGAAUGACCAGUCGAGGAAAGCCAAAUCCACUUCUACUAUUCAGCUGAGGAGUCCAGAGGACUGUGAACCUGCAGAGGGCGCUAUAGCAGAUAUAACUCCAGUCAACCUCAGAGUUAGGAAGAAACAUAAAGGGAUAACCUUGCUAGCCAUAAUGAUCCUGGUUGGAGACAGUCUACAUAAUUUUGCUGACGGCAUGGUAAUAGGAUCUGCAUUCUCAUCUUCAACCGAAACAGGCGUGGCAACAACCAUUGCCAUUCUCUGUCAUGAAAUCCCCCAUGAAAUGGGAGAUUUUGCGGUCUUACUGAAUACUGGACUUACAGCAAAAAUUGCCUUUCUCAUGAACUUUAUCAGUGCUUUAACGGCCUUUGCGGGUCUCUACAUUGGCCUGUCAGUGUCAACUAACCCAGAUGUACAGAUCUGGAUAUUUGCUGUCACUGCGGGAAUGUUCCUUUAUCUGUCACUAGUGGAAAUGUUACCUGAAAUGACUCACAUUCAGACGCAGAGACCGUGGCUGAUGUUUUUCCUGCAAAAUCUAGGACUGCUCCUCGGAUGGCUGUGCCUGUUACUACUAGCGAUAUAUGAACAUAAAAUUAAGCUAUAA